AUGCGGGUCCCACUGCCUCAGCCGGUCCCUCGGCGCUGGUUGCGCAGUGCGAUUCCUCUUGCUAUCUUCACACUACUGCUUGUUUAUCUCUGGGCUCGGAGCCUCCGUGCCCUCUCAGGCUGCAAACCUGGGGCCCAGUCCUGCAUUGCCAGGGAACCGCCUUCUUUCCAGGUCCGGCAACAGUCGGGACCCUUGGAGGCCCCGGAACGGGAAGAGCCUCAGUGUCUGGGCCCUCAGGGGAUGCUGGGCCGCAUGAUGAGGCCGUUCCGCGCCAGUCUGAACCCGGAAAGGGAUGUGGAGUUGUCGCUGUACCUGGCAGGAUGGAGGGAGCUAGUCCGGUUCCUAGCUCCCCUCGGCUCCAUCUUCGCCUUCGCCACAAGCGAGGCCUCCGCCAAAGUGACAGCCCUCGAGGCUCUGGUGCACGGCCCAGAGGCCGCGCACUACACGUCGCUGGCGACCAUGGUGGCGUGGGAGCGGCCCGGAAUCGCCCCACGACUCCCGGCCGGGUGCCCGGGCUCACUGACGAUGCUCUUGCUGCACCGUGCGCUACGCUGGUCCCAGCUCUGCCUCCACCGGGUGGCGACCGGGAUGCUCGGAGGCCCGGACGCUGGCGCUCAGUGCAGCGACGCCUACGGCACGGCCCUGGCUCCGCACCACCCCUGGUUCGUCCGUCAGGCCGCCCACCUCGCAUUCCUCGCCUUCCCGGGUCGCGGCCGCUUGCUCGAGCUGGCGUGUCCUGGUUCCAAAGAGGCGGAGGCGCGGAACGCGCUGGUCCGGGCCGCGGGCACCCUAGAGGACGUCUACAACCGUACUCAGAGCUUGCUGGCCGAAGGCGGCCUGCUCGAGCUGGCCUGACGCCUACUGGCCGGAGGAAGGAAGCGCCCUGGGGAGGGGUCGGUGCAGCUCCAGGUUGAGCCCUUGGCCCCGCCUCCUGGUGCCGGGGGCGUGGUCGCCAUAUACCCCGCCUCCUUGGUGACGUCACCACCCCUGGAGGCUCACCUCGAUAGGGGUGGGGUUUUUAGACCCUGCCUCUAUCCGCAAUCUCCGGGAAAAGGGAGGAGCUGUGGGAAAUAAAAAGUAUUCUUUGGGACUUCCCUGGUGGCAGUGGUUGAGAAUCCGCCUGCCAAUGCAGGGGACCCGGGUUUGAGCCCUGGUCCGGGAAGAUCCCACAUGCAGCGGAGCAACUAAGCCCGUGAGUCACAACUACUGAGACUGUGCUCUAGAGCAGCGAACCACAACUACUGAGCCCACAGGCCUAGAGCCCUUGCUCGGCAACAAGAGAAGCCACCGCAGUGAGAAUCCUGCACUGCAAGGAAGAGUAGCCCCUGCUCGCCGCAAGUAGAGAAAAGCCCGUGCACAGCAACGAAGACCCAACGCAGCCUAAAAUAAAUAAAUAAAU